CUGAGUUGGAUUGAGCCGAUGUUUUAUUUAAAAUCAUCGAAAAUUACCAGUUGUAAAGUUUGGCAACAGUGUUUUUUAAUUGUUUGUAUGUUAACAGAAUUUUCUAUAUAGUUAGCAAUUGCAGAAAUUAUUUCUGAUUCGAAAAUAAAUAAAUAAGACGCAAUGUGUACUCAAACGUUACGUGUAGAGAACAUAAGGUUACGUGUGGGCGAAUAAAGGUGAAAGAAGUUUGCCAGUGACAUUCCGGGUUUUGUUUUAAACUUGAAAUUAGGUUAUCUCGACUUCACCGAUAGGUGAAAGAUAACGGUGAUAAAUCAAGUGUGUGUGGUGGUACAAAUGCCCUACAUUUUGGUUCGCGGUAAUCUCGCGGCUUAUGGUCAACGUUACCCUUGGCGCGUACUCGUAUCGGGCUUAAAAGCGGCGGAUAUCGAACAAUUGAAUCGUUUCGCGAGCGGAGGCUACUGCGACGACUGUACUAUAGUGUACAUGCAACAUCCCUGCGUAAUUUUAACCGCUCUGGAAGUGUUGGGAUACAAAGUUGUCGCAUCCUCAUCAACAAGUGUUAAACAGGACUACAAUGAGUACAUGUGGACUAUGAGAAAGGACUUUUCUGAACCUGAGCCUACAAUCCCAGUGCAUUCUCCAACAGUAGAAAAAUCCAGCUCUAGUCCAAGUGGUGAGGAAGUUUAAGUUUAAACAAUGGAAAUUCCUGCAAGCUUACUGAUGUCGACUGGGACAUAUGCCUAUGUGGCUGUUAAGGCUUCAAUCCAUGCCAACGACAGUUCAGUGUUUGGAUUAAAUGAAGAUGAACUUAAAGCACUUGUUAAGAAGUUUGAUAACUACCAGAAAGGUGUUAUUAAUGGGGUUCUAAUAAAAGCUCCACCGAUACCUGUUAUUAAUGCUCUAGGCCAGCUUGGGUAUCGUGUAGUUGCUUCCACAGGAGAAACAGAAGUUAUCUGGACAUUACAACGAGAUAUUUAAUGAAUAUUAAAUAUGAUAUAAUAAUGAAAACCUCCCUUGCACCAAUAAGCACAUUAAAACAAUGAAUUUUAUGUGUAUACAAAAACUUUUUAUCUGUCCUUAACCACACUUAUUUAUUAUUCAUUGUCAUGAAAAAACAAUAGAAUAAUUUUUAUGAGCAAUAAUUUACUUAAUUUAUUUUGAUGAAGUAAAUUUUUAUAUGCACUUUGAAUGCUUACAUGCAAGAUUGUCUUGCCAAUAUGGUCCCAACUAUAUUUUCUUAAGCUUUAUUAAUAAAUAUUAUGUAGUGAA